CUCUCAGUCGUACGCGACCUUUCGAAUAGUGAACGCUUUGCGUUAUUUCAAGCGUUUAUAUUUCGCGCCGCCACACUACAUCGGUUUACGAUUGGACGAUUAUUAUUUACACGCGUCUUCCGGUCUCGUUCUACAAGUCAAAUAAUAUAUUACAUUUAAUUAUUGGUUGGCUUCCGUCUUUCUGUGAUAUUCUGAUUCGAAUCACGUAGUAACGGAUCGGCGGUACGUGAUACAAUUAAGAAAGAACACAAGUUCGAAUUUUUCGAAGGACUACCCCUUUUUUCGGAGAUUACGACUUGGCAUUGUCAACGAUUGUUUCUUCGUGUUUUUUCUUUUAUGGUGAUCCAUGAACCAUUCCAGCGAAAAUAAUCCUGAAGACGGUAUGUCGACUUACGUUAGAUCAACCGAUACGCAUUUGGGAACAUUGACAAGGAUCGUGGGUGUCUGUACAGCGAUCGUUGUAUGCGGAGUUGGAGUGGAUGUGGCGUACCGUCGACACAAUAUGGGCCUUUACGUUACAGCCUCAUCCAUAAUGAUCUUUUUUCUCGAAAUCACCUGGGCCAUCACUUUGUUCGUACAGAUUUGUGUAAGAAACGAAGAGUCCCUUUGUUCGUAUUGCUGGUCGCGUGUACUCGCGAUAACGAAGGGUUGGCGGAGAGCAUUGUUUUAUCUACCACUGUCCUGCAUUUUGGCGUGGAAACCGCACAAACUCGGGCUCUCCUAUGUCGCGGCUGGCUUGUUAGCAAUUUUAUCCUUGUUGCACAUUGCUUCGAGCGCUUUAGGAAGACGUAUUUCCUGCCAAUCAAGCUCCGGGACAGAUUCUGUUGGGGAAAGUCUUCUAAACGCGAGACCCGAAAAUUACGAUCGUUUCGAAGAAGUUUUGGUACCAGAAGUAUUAGACGACGGUGUGUCUGGACCAACAGUACGAGUCGGUGACAGCGACGGAGAAAUAUGACACGAACGUCAACCCUCUUGGGUCAGUGAAUCCGAUGAGGAUAGUGAGCCUGAACCAAAGACGUGUCAAAUAGCUACAGUGUCUUAACUUCUUUGAAGUUUGGAACGAAAGGAAACUCGUAUUCAAACGUGUAUCAAACGAUACGUGUGAUAUCGAGUAACAGACAGAUUUCUUCGUCCGACAUAAUUAAGUAUAAUAUAUUCGCAUAAAUUCGAAAUUAAUAAGAAGAAAAGAAAACAGAAAGAGAAGAAAGAAAGAAAUAGAGAGUAAUCUACGAUUGAGGGAACUCUUUGGGAGAUUUUUCGAGAAUAACUUUAAUAGACCGAAGUCAAUAAAAUGUACGUGUACUACGAAGAAAUCAUAUAUCGAAUGGAAAACAGUAUAAUGAAAAAGCGAUAUUAGGAAAGACUGAGUUAUCAUGCGUUAUAAAAUUAUGUAAACAUUUAUAACAACAAUCACAUUUGAUACACGUAAUGAAAAACAAAAAGUGAAUAUUAGAAAUGAGUAAAUAGAUUUUAAAUAACAUAACUCGUUACUUUUUCGUAUAUCCCUCUUUUUGUUUAUUUAUUAUACGGUUAAUUUUAAUAAAAACAAAAAGAUAUAUAUAUAAUAAAUUUUAAAUCACAUUUAAAUACGAAUAAA